CCGGUUGGAUAUGCUUUUAUUGGGGAAUACAUUGAUCCUAAGAUUACAGUUCCAAAGAAGAAAAGGUUCUGCAUGAAGCUGACUCCCAUACAUACUACAGAAUCUGCCAUCGCUGAUCUUAAACUGACUGUGAAAAAUAAGUCGCUUGGAGCACCAUAUACACGACUUGGUGAGAUGAGUGGCCUGGCUUUAUGGUGCAAGAAGGUUCCAGUAACUGCCCCCAAACCAACACCAAAACCUCGAAAUAUUACGACGGGUGUCAGAGGACUUUCUCUAGACAACGAAAAUCCUGCUCAGCCAGUCACAAAUCAAGCUCCUGUUCCAAAACUGAGUCGAGGACCUUCCAUCACUGAACAUCCUACAUAUGAGUCCAAUGUCUAUGGGAUAUCUGCUGUUGAUGGAAUUCCAUUCACAAUCCACCCAAUGUUUGACAGCAUAAUUGUCGAGCCUUCUAUAAUCUCACCUAGCUUCCAUGACCUUCGAAUCAAAACCCUGGCUGACAUUGAAAAUGAGUACAACUAUGGAUUUGUGGUGGAACGUACUGCAUGCACUAGAUGA